AUGAAAUAUAACCCUUCCAAGUCUUCAUCUCCAACUUUAAAACCAACAUAAGGAAUUUACUCAUGGGAAACUGUUAAAGGGACUCACUUUCCGAUGGUGACCCGGAGCACUUUGGCGUUUUAUUUAUUAGGAAGUCCGCCUGGUCGCCUUUAUAAUGGAAACGUGUGUCGAGAGACGCGCUUGCCGUGUGGUUUUCACGGUCUUUCUGCUUGUCCUAAAUACUGUGAUUGCCGAGACUUUAUCUCCAGACGCGGACACCGAUAACCCACUGAGUAACGUUACCGAAACUUUUUUUACCCGAACAACUGGUGUAAAACAAACCUCCUCCUGGCCGGGGAGAGAGGCCACUGCAACAGCUGUGGAUCUAUCGAGUGGACCGGGGGAGAUGACGGACAUUCCCGCCAGUGUGUCCAUCACUGGAGGGCGAGAGGGACAUUCAGGAAAACCUUUAAGCAUCUCUACAAAUACAGCUGACUGGAGGAUGACCUCGGAUGAUUCCACUGAACAUCUGCAGACUGACAAAGAGUUUACCCGUAACGCCACAGCCCAAUGGGAGGGUUCAUCAGUAGCAUCGCACAGCAUCACCAGCCACCAUCCCGUUACAGAGGCUCGAACAGUGCGAGAGGUUCCCGUAACGGAUCUGAGAGAUGUUGACACCACCAACUCGGUCUCUCACACUGAUAGCACCUACAUUUCCACAACCAACCGAGUCAGAGAACGCAUGCUGCUCUCUGUGACCUCCAACAGCACCUCUGCGUACACUGAGGACUCCAACUCCUCAGAUGCUGUCGCUCAAACCUCCAGCUGGGAAGUGAGAAUGUCAGGAGCCACCCAGGGCACGGAGGAAACCGUAGAAGAUGUAUCUACAUUGUCUGAACAGACUGAACCCACUUUUGAAGAUCAUAAUGCCACCAAUGCAACUCAAGGCCACUCUUUGGAGACCGAGCAGUCAACGUUUUCCCACGACACUGAGUCACAAACGGGACAAUCUAGUGUUACAGGACAGACUUUUGAACAGGUGUCUGAUAAUGACAAUGCAAAUUCAACACCCCCUCUUACAAUGAUCAACAGAGAUCAUGGGGAAAUGGAUGCCACAUCAGUGAGUGGUGGGACGUCUUAUACAGAAAAUGGUGACUCUGUGUCAUCUGUCCCACCUUUUACCUCCGGUGAACACAAUGCCACUAGCACAUCUCAACAGAGUCGUGAUUCCACCGUGACUUAUUCUCUGGAUACUGAUGCUUCCACUGAGUUUUCUACUGGAUCUGUCAGCUCAACUGGCCGUGAGGAACUCGAAGGGUCUCCGACCCAUACAGUGGAGGAGACAACCAUUCAGGGCCUGACCACUUCACCCCCAGUGCCAGAAGAUGUAGCCACCACAAUUGAUGACUCAUUUACGAAGCCCCAUACUGGCAAACCACCCUUCGUCCCAAAAACUGAUGAUCAGACCAACACGGAAGUGGUGCCAACAUCUGCCAUGCCAGCAACUCAUAGGCCACAGGUUACAGAGGAAGCCACUGAUGAGGCAUCAACUGUUUACAGUUCUACCAACACUUUCACUACAAUGAAUCCUCUCGUUACCACUCGUCAGCUCCAGCCAAGCACCACACCUCAAGCCCAAACAGAACACACUACCAUCCUCACCACAGAUAUUGUUCAGGUGCUGCGGACGACACCCACCACAGCCCAGCACCCGCUUACCACCACUACUGGUGGACCACAUGCACCCAGUACAUCUGAUUCUGCUGACGUCACUACCUUGCACUUAGAAACCAGCACGGCAACACCAGGGAACACUACUGCACAUGGCGGACGUGCAACAACACCUUACAGCAAGAGCACCCCGACCAAGACCACUGGGGUGGAAACCACCCGGAAUCACAUGGACAGAAGCACCACAGAGAUGGCAAUGACAACUACGCAGAUACCAUUUAAGUCAACAGCAUCGCCAGAUCAUGUGUGUGGGCCUCAAACUUGUGCAAAUGGAGGCCACUGUGUUAGAUCAGCUAAGGGAAGUUACCACUGUCAGUGUCUGCCUGCAUGGACAGGACCCUUCUGCACGGAACAUGUGGAUGAGUGUGUGAAUAGUCCGUGCCCCCAGGGGUCAGUGUGUGUGAACACAAGUGGCUCUUUCAGCUGUAAGUGUGCCCUGGGCUUUGACUUGGAGGAUGGCCGCAGUUGUACGCAAGUGAAGACAUUUUUGGGCACUUUCACCGUCAACACCUCAAUGCAUCUCAGAAGUUCCGUUCCGUAUGAACUGCACAGAGAGAUUUUACAGUUGCUCAAUGCCUCGCUCUCCAUCUUCCAUGGUUACCGACGUUCCACUUUACAUAAAAAAGAUGGAGGAGAUGUGCAGAUCUCAGUGGUGAGCAUGUUUUCACUCUCCACCAAUGUGACGAGCACGGAUGUCUUCAACAGCAUCCAGAUGUCCCUGAGCAACUGCAGCCGGACGUACUCACACUGCACCAUUAAGCUUCAGCACCAUCUCUCCUAUCACGCGGAGAGCCUGUGUUUGGCCCAGAAGACCAAGUGUGAUUUGCAGUACUCUGAGUGCACGGACUCUAGCGGGACCCCGUACUGUCAGUGCAAACCAGGAUACUUUAAAAAGAACCCAGAGGACAUGACCUGCAGAGACUGUGGAGAUGGACUCAAGCUUGUUAAUGGCAGCUGUGUUGAGUGCAUGUUUGGAUUUGGAGGUUUCAACUGCAAUAACUUCUAUAAGCUGAUAGCUGUGGUGGUCUCUCCUGCUGGAGGAGCUCUUCUGUUGAUUGUUGUCAUUGCACUUAUAGUCACCUGCUGCAAAAAGGACAAAAAUGACAUCAACAAAAUCAUUUUCAAAAGUGGAGACCUUCAAAUGUCACCCUAUGCAGAGUUUCCUAAGAGUAACCGUGUGUCUAUGGAGUGGGGCCGAGAGACUAUUGAGAUGCAGGAGAACGGCAGUACCAAAAAUCUCCUGCAAAUGACAGACAUUUAUUACUCGCCUGCACUGAGGAACUCUGACCUGGAGCGUAAUGGCCUGUAUCCAUUCUCCGGUCUCCCCGGUUCGAGGCAUUCCUGCAUCUACCCAGCUCAGUGGAACCCUUCCUUCAUAAGCGACGAUUCACGGCGAAGGGACUACUUCUGAUGGCCUUAGCCAGCAGGCGUGCAAUUUGAUACUGCAUAUAAGCUCUCUCGGCAUGAUUGGACCUGUUGCAGAUCCUGGAGCUGGAUACUGACCACUAAAGGCCUUUGAAUGUGAAAAUGAGCUGGCAGGAAAAAAACCAUUAUCUGUGAGACUGGAAGAAAGCCGCAGAGGCCUGUCUGGGUCAAUUUAGCAUUUGAACACAGUGCCACAAUAAGACUUUAGUUUCUGGUGUGGAGCUAAUGAACUGAUGUUCUCAUAGUUCCUCGCAGAGCAUUUAUACUUAAAUGGAAGUCAAUGAAAUUAGAAUAACACGUUAAGAUGCCUGGGCUACAGUAUAACUUUUAUAUGAUAAAAGUUUGCACUAUGAACUCCUUAAACAGAUAUUAUCUCAAAUGGAAAAAGCCAUAAAUGUAUCAUAUUUAUACUUGGAAUAAUGUACCCAACUGGUUUGUACUGUGUUUUGUGUGCAAUGGGGUAUCUGUAUGUCUGUUUGUGUAUGUUAAUCAAAAGUUAAAGGGAUGGUUCACUCCAAAAUUAAAAUUCUGAUAUCAUGUACUCACCCAAAACAUAUAUACCUUUCAUUCAUUGGUGGAACAUAAGCCUUAUUGACCAUAAUCAGUAUGUUUAUUGGUGCUUUUUGGAGCUUAACCUACAUUGUAUGGAAUAGAGCAGUGUGAACAUUGUUUAAAGCAUCUCCUUUUUUGUUCCAUAUUGUUUUGAACAAUUUGAGGGUGUGUAUAUGAUGACAUUGUUACAUUUUUGGGGCAAACCAUCCCUUUAAUGCUUUGUAGUGGUAUAAUUUUUUAUCAGAGAUGAUGUGAGAUUUACGCUGGAGAACUAAACCUGUGUAAAAGCUGGUAGGAUUUUGAAACAAUAUUACUGGAUGCAGCAUUCGUGUGAAAUGUAGCAAAUAUUGCCACAAGGUAUUACAGUUUGUUUGAACAACAGUAAUAAUCAUAAAACGCAUUGUUUGUUUCUUAAUUUAUUUUAUUUAAGUUUUCUGUAUCAGAUAAAGAUACUGUAGUAUGAUCUGAGGACCUCCCAUGUGUUUGUAUGGAUGCUUGGUGGUGCAUGAGAGGAUGGACUUCACCUGGUUCCAGGUGUCCAUUUUAUUUUAGCUAUGCGUGUUCUUGUGAGAUGUGCUUUAUUUGUAAUCUUUAAUAUCAGACACUGCUUUCCUAGCAUUUUUCCCCUCCUCUGUGGAUGGACACUUGAAUCUGGCGUUGUAGUCAGAAUUGUAUUGUAAAAUAAAAGAGAAAUAAAGUAUGAUUUCUUA